CGGUCCCCUCAUAGGCCCAUUCUCCAGGCAGGGCUGCCGGCCAACACCAGUGUGCACGUGGGGGAGGACGCACGCUUCGUGUGUAAGGUGUACAGUGAUGCUCAGCCCCACAUCCAGUGGCUGCAGCACAUCCAGAAGAAUGGUAGUCGCACCGGCCCAGACGGACACCCCUACGUCCGUGUCCUAAAGGUAUGUUCCAGCCCUCCCUGGCCCCUCAUUGGCUGUUUUGACCUGAUCGGCGAAAAUGAUUGGUUCCUCUUUCUUCUGACACCUGAUUACCUGAUUGACACUCUUUCAGUUUUUUUCCACGUAUUUUUUUUCUUCAAAGUGUAGGCUAAUCAUUAUUUUGUUUUCAGGUUACCUUUUUGCCAUUUGUAAAAGCAGCAUUUUUUUUUGUAUCCCAUCUGUCUUCCUAUAGUAUCCAAUCUCUCUCCUUUACGAAGAAUAAUAAAUACCCCUUUUCCCUCUAUACUACUGGAACACUCUGGCUGUGUUCCUGUCUGGGUGGCGCGGCUCCUAUAACCUCCUCUCCCUGCACUGAGGUGCAGAUGUGAUAGUAACAGGCCUGUGUUUUGUUUUGUCCCCCUGCUGCCGUGUAUGUGUGUACGUGUGUGUGUGUUUGGUUGUUUGUGUAUGCAUGCGUGCGCGCAUGUGUGUGUGCGUGUGGCUCACACACCUCAGCGCUCAGGCAUCAAUAGCUCGGACGUGGAGGUGCUCACGCUCACCAACGUUACUGAGGAGGACGCCGGAGAGUAUACCUGUAAAGUCUCCAAUUAUAUAGGGGAGGUCAACCAGUCGGGCUGGCUGACGGUCAUCCCAGGUAACCGCUGACCCCUGAUCCUUGACCUCUGUUGACCACCUCCCGUGUGGUCUCUUUGGGCCUGUCACUGGCCCGGUUCGGUGUGGUGGUCUUGGUUCCUGCUGGGUUGUGGACUGACUGAUCCUUUCCCAGCUGCUCUACUGUAACUACUGACUGUGACUGUACAGCCAUGGAAAUGCCCACUGUACCUGCACACUCACACUAUCCUGCUAUGUCCAUCACAGACACCUCUCUCUCUCUCUCUCUCUCUCUCUCCUCUCUCUCUCUCUCUAUCUCUCUCUCUCUAUAUCGGAUCUCUAGGUCUCUCUCCAAUACGCGCUCUCCUCGUUCUCUCUAUCUAUCUAACUCUCUAUAUCUGGGAACCGGGCUCUCUCUUCUGCAUUGCUGUCUCUAUCUUCCUCCGUCUCUCGAUUAAUGGUGUGAUGUGUAAGAGCACAGGCUAGUGUUGGGUGCUGCAGUGGGGUGAUCUCCAUGCCUUCCUCUUCUGUGGUUGUGUGUACUGUGCAUGCCCAGGCAUGCAGUGGAUACGAUUGGGCACUGGUGUUGUGGGUGAAGGGUAUUUUUAUCACGUGUUUUGGUGUAUUGUGUUUGCUAUUAUUUCUUGUGGUACAAGGUGCUAUUCCUGUUUGUUUUUGAAGACCCUCCCUCCCUGGAAGCUCCUCCCCUUCCAUGGAAGCUCCUCCCAUCUACUAUCUCUCUCUAUAGAUGGGACGACCGUUCUCCUCCCAGCGAUGGACACCAUCCAGCUACUCCUCUCUCCUGGUGUUGUGGGUCUAAUUGUUACCUCUGCUUUUCCUCCUCUCCUCUCCUCUCUGCUAUUUUCUCCCCUCCAUUGCUACUCUCACUCCUUCCCUUUAUCUUACUUUCUUCCUACUUACUCCUUAAAUAUAAUUUAUCCUCCUAACAUCCACCCUCCCUUUCUCAUCCUCCAUCCCUUUCUCUUCGUCUUCUUUCUCCUCCACCCCUCCUCUCCCACUCCCAUCGUCCUGCCCCUUCUCUUCCUCUUCUUCCCUUUCUUCUUCCACCCCUCCUCUCUCAUACUCCAUUCUCCUCCUCCUCUUCAUCCUCCUCCACACCUACUCCUAACCCUCUCCCAGACCGCAGGUGUAAACACCACGGACAAGGAGAUUGAAGUCCUCUACCUCCCCAAUGUCACUUACGAGGAUGCUGGGGAGUAUACCUGCUUGGCGGGUAAUUCUAUUGGGAUCUCCUAUCACACUGCUUGGUUGACGGUGCUUCCAGGUAUAUACACUCAUAUACUGCCCUCCCUUUCCCCUCACUCUCUCUCUCUCUCUCUCUCUAUUUCUCUCUCAAUGUCGUCCACUAACGGUUCUAAAAUGUUCGGUCAAUAAAGUUAUUUUGAUGAUUUCUAUGGGAGGAAGAAGGGAGAAGUGAAAAGUCCCUCUGGAGUGAAAGACACACAAACUCAACGAAAUAACAAAAUAUCAGAUUACUAUGAUGAACUUACACAGUCAACAACUCAACAUCUAACUCAGAGUAAUACUAGAGCAGGAAUAUGUAUUACAUAUAUUUUGUUAUCGUGACGUGUUGAAAGCUAGGGGCCAGAUAAAGGGACAUUUGCUCAAAGCUUAUUAUAUCCCGACUUCUCCGAAUGGCUCGAGUGUCUCCUUACUCAAGAGGGGGUUUGCCUCCCCCUCCUCCCUCGCUCUCCUGGUUUUCGGGAAAAGUCUGUUCGUGCUACGUACAUUUUGGCUUGGACUGCAAGUUUUUACAGAAGCAGGGUGUCUGUCUGUCUUGAUGAUAGUGUCUGUCUGUCUGUCGGUGUCAGUGACUUCUCUGUCAUGCCCUGAGAAUGAAUACAAACUCCCUCAUGGCUCCACCUCUUUCCUGGCUCUGAUAAUUGAUUGCCUUUUUAUUAUUUCUCCUUGAGAUAAUACAAAAUAAAAAAAGAAUGUCACAGCCGCAAUACUCACAGCUUGACUUUCUCAAUUAUCUGGGCCAUUAAAAAAAUUAUGUAUUCAAUAUAUUUUAUAUAGUGUGUGUGUUUGCAUGUGUGUGUUUAAAUUAUGUCUGUCAGAGUUAAUCAGUUAACUUGAUUUUAGUGCACACAUUUUUUGUUGUUGUUGUGAUUAAUCAGUUUGUCUGAAAGCAUUCAAAAUUGACUGAAAACAUCCAAAAUACAUAAUCUAUACAGCUAAAAACAACAAUUUGAUGUCAAAAUAAGUUGACAUUGAGGUUAAAGAAAGUGUGCUCUAUCAAUUUACUUUCUAACCGUUGCUUUGGGAAAAUCAAGAUGUCAUUAUUGUAAUGCUUUUUGUAUAAACAGUCUUAAAUUACAGCUUAAUUUGAGCGAAUUCUGAAUUUGCGAUUAAUCGUGAUUAAUCACAACAAAUCAUACGAUUAACUCGAUUAAAAUAUUUUAUCCUUUGGCAGCCCUAGUUUAAAUGUAUAUGUGUCUCUCUGUGUCUGCGCGAGUGUGUCUGUGUGUGUUUAAAUGUGUGUCUCUCUGUGUCUGUGUGAGUGUGUCUGUGUGUGUUUAAAUGUGUGUCUCUCUGUGUCUGCGCGAGUGUGUCUGUGUGUGUGUCAGUGUCCCUCAUGUCUACACUGACAAACAUCCAUAGAUUUACAGUGGGGUCCAAAAUUAUUGACACCCUUGAUAAAGAUUUGCAAAAAUGACUGUAUAAAAUAAAUAAUUCAAAUACUGAGCUAUAUUGUAUGCUCAAAAUUUGUUGCAAAUUAUAUUAUUUUAUACUAAUACAAUUGCUCAGAGAAAUAUAUUUUAUUUUCUGCUUAUGUAUUCUCAUUUUGACGGUAAACCCACCACUUGUGUGCAUGGCCAAAGAGCUCUAUUUUCAAGCCAUCUGACCAAAGCACCGGUUCCAAUCCAAGUGCCAAUGCCAUUUAUCAAACUCCAGGCGUUUACAUUCGUUGGAUGACAUGAAAAUAGAGCUCUUUGGCCACGCACACCAGUGGUGGGUUUGGCUUCGAAAUGAGAACGCAUGAGCAGAAAAUAACCCCAUACCUACUGUAAAAUAUGGUGGUGGAUCUGGGGCUAUUUUGCUUCCACUGGUGUUGGGGCCCUUAUUAAGGUCAACGGCAUCAUGAAUUUUACCCAGUACCAGGACAUUUUAGCCAAAUACCUGGUGUCAUCCCCCAGGAGGCUGAAACUUGGCCACAAAUGGAUCUUCCAGCAAGACAAUAACCCCAAUAACACUUCAAAGUCCACAAAUAAAUUGUUCUAUAGCAGUGGAGGCUGCUGAGGGGAGGAGGGGUCAUAAUGGCUGGAAUGGAGUCAAUGGAAUGGUAUCAACCACAUGGAAACCACAUUUGAUACCAUUCCAUUGAUUCCAUUCCAGCCAUUAUUAUGAGCCGUCCUCCCCUCAGCAGCCUCCACUGUUCUAUAGCUAGGUUUCCAUCCAAUUGGCGACAGGUUUUCAUGCUAAUAUAAAAAAAAAACGCAUUAAAACAAUAUGCACAUUUUCCCACCAGAGAUGUGCUUCCAUCCCAUUUACUUGUUGCGGGUAAAAGGCUGUGCUUGAUCACGUAGUGCACAUAAAAAUAACUUAUGCGGUUAAAUUCCCAUGUACCGAAUAAAACAUACAGGUUAAAUGUGUUUCCAUUUUCAACUCUACUGAUGGUUUUGUCACAAAAAACAUUUGUUAUAUAGCGAAUGUGCCCACUAUGGUCUUGGCACGUGCACUCUAUAUAGAACAGCUUGCAUGUAUAGCCUACAUGAUGAGAUUAUUAUGGACCAAAUAUUAUUGGUUAUUUUUCAAACGGCAGCCAAGCAUCGAUCAAGCUCAGCACUGUGCACUUUCACCACCCUGUGAAGUUCAUCAUAACUUAUUUCAUCUGUAGCAUAAUAAACGGCAUGCUUUCUCGAGUGGGAGAACCACACACCAUAUCAUCUCGUGACUCCAAGUUCGAUAAGAUGGUUAUUAUAUCAAUAUUUGCGCAUAAAGGUGUUUCCACUGCCAUAUCUCACAUAAUACAUUUUACCGACACAAAAAGAUCCCUACCGUAUUUUGUUUUGUCGACAUUUGGAAAGUUUACCAACAAAUUUCGAUCAGGGCCUGUCGUGACAUUUUUUAUCCGACAUAUACCUUACUCGCAUAAAGAGGUUGGAUGGAAACCUGGUUAUUUGCCACAAAAUCAACAUUUUGCAAUGGCCAUCUCAGUCUCUGGACUUGGAACCCAUUUAAAACCUGUCAUUUGAAUAGAAGAGGGCAGUCCAUAAGCUCAGACGGAGGAUAUCAAGCAUCUGGAAGGAUUCUGUAUGGAGUAAUGGUCUAAGAUCCCUCCCAAUGUGUUCUUCAACAUUUUAGAAAAAAUCUCAAUCAGCCUUUAUCCUCGAGGGGUGAGCUAUUAAAAGGUAUUAAAAACAGGGGUGUCAAUCAUUUUGACUCCUACCUUUUUGAGAAAAAAAAGUAUUACUUGUUAAACAAAAUAUCUUUCUCUAAGCAUUUAUAUUCGUAUAAAAGAAUAGAAUUUCCUAAAUUUUUGGAGGAUACAAUAUAGCUCAGUGUUUCAAUUAUGUAUUUUAUAUAAUAAUUUUUGCUCAUCUUUAUCAAGGGUAUCAAUAAUUUCGGACCCCACUGUAUAUAUCAAACACAGUUAAAGUCCAUAUAGAUAAAACACUUAUGCUCAUUCCUUAUAUAGAGGUUCAGUUCAGGCAAAAGAGUCAGCCAACAUGAAUACAUCUACAUUCAUGUAGGGUGGGUGAGAUGUCUGGACUCUGGACAUUAAAUGAGAUGGAUGAUAGCACUUAAUCACCUGUAAUCCCACAACCUGAACAGACAGUGGGUACAAAAAGCACCUCAAUGCCCUCGCAGAUAAUAGCCUUGUUUUGUCUCUAAACAAAAUAAAAUGAUUAUGCAUAGUCACUUUACCCCUACCUACAUGUACAUAUUACCUCAAUUACCUCGACUAACUUGUACCCCCGCACACUGACUCGGUACCGGUACCCCCUGUAUAUAUAGCCUCGUUAUUGUUAUUUUAUUGUGUUACUUUUUUAAAACUUUUGUUUAUUAAGUAAAUAGUGUCUUAAAUCUUAUUUUUCUUAAAACUGCAUUGUUGGUUAAGUGCUUGUAAGUAAGCAUUUCACGGUAAGGUCUACACCUGUUGUAUUCGGCACAUGUGAAUUUAUUUAUUUUUUAUUUUAUUUAAUUCCUUGUGGAAUUAAAUUAUCUUUAAUUUAUUGCCCUAGUCCCAUGUAUCUGCUCUGUUGGCACCUGCUUGGCUCUUCUGCCGUCUGUGUUGCGGCUGUGCGCUGUGGUUUUUGGACCAGGUGAUACAAAGCCGACUGGAGAAAGGUUCCUACAUGUUAUUAUUUCCCCCUGGCUGCACAUUACAAGGGCCUUGUUUGUAGCCAUGGGUGGAUGACAUGCAUUAUGGAACAGGCUGUGGUCCUAUAGCCACUCAGAGACAGACCCAGACCCAUUUCCUACAGACAGGAAGCUCAGGCCAUAUAUCGCCACAAAGGGCAGCACUCACUUGUUUGCAGUCUGAAGUGAAGCGUGUGUGUGUGUGUGUGUGUGUGUGUGUGUGUGUGUGUGUGUGUGUGUGUGUGUGUGUGUGUGUGUGUGUGUCAAAGGGUGUGUGUGUGUGUGUGUGUGCGUGUGAGAGAGGGAGGGAGGGAGAACGUGUGUUUGUUUGUGAGUGUGUGCGUGCAUGUGUGUGUAUUUGAGAGAGAGAGAGAGUGUGUGGUGUGUCAAGUAGCCCUGAAUGUAGGCACUUAGUACAGCCCCUGCUUGAGCUCAGUGUAUUUACCUCGUAAAAAUAGAAUUAUAUUUAUAUGGUUUACCCCCUCUUCUUAGAUCAAUUCCAUUUCCUGUCUGUCCUAGAUGGGCAGUAGAUGGUUGUGUGAAGAAGAGGGGGAGUAGAGGGAGGGGGAUGGAGAGAAAAAAAUGUGUGUGCGUCUUUCUCAUUAUUUAUGUUUUGUUUGUCUAUCUAGCAAUGACGUGUGUGUGUGUCGUUUCCAUGGCAUGUGUUCUGUUCAUACAUGUGCGUCUAUCAGAUGUAGUGUGUCCAUGUCUGUUUGUUUAAGUGUCUGUGUGUCUGUCUGUGUGCCUACGUCUGUUUGUUUGUGUGUGUACAUUGUCAUGAGUCGGGAUGUGCCUCUACGUUCCACUUUCUAUCCCUCCCUGACACUCUCCCCUUGCCCCUCCCCCUGCUCCCCAAACAGCCAAUAAGGAAGAGACGGUGACGGGCCUGACAUCACCUGACUACGUGGAGAUAGCCAUCUACUGCAUCGGGGUGUUCCUGAUCGCCUGUAUGGUGGUCAUCGUGUUGGUGUGCCGGAUGAGGAAUACGGCUAAGAAGCCUGACUUUGGGAACCAGCCGGCGGUCCACAAACUCAGCAAGCAGAUACCUCUGCGUCGCCAGGUAACAGAAAGUAGAUAAGGGGUUUCCAAGGCAUUUAACACCCAUAAAAAGACAAACUCCACGCAAACAUGCAUUUAUACAGAAUUGUAUUUUCACACUAUUGUGCCGACCCAAACCAAACUGGACUGACUAGGAUAUGUUCAGCUACUAUGGGGGAUGUGUAACCAGGCUAGCUCAAUACAGCUUGGUUUGGGUCGUCUUGGUUCAGGUUCAGCAGUGUGAAAAUCCAAAUAUACUCAGACUUAAAUAAAAACAACAGAAAAUAGUCCAAGGUUUACCUAGCAAGAGCAGAAAACACCCAAAAAGUUCCACCGCAUUUGUUUCCCCGACAUAGAUCAAUUGGGUUACUGGUACUCUGAUUUAAGAGCCCAGCUAAUUUAGCUGUUCAGGAGAAGCAAUUUUCAUAACACUACUGUAACUAAUACAUCGCACUGCUUGAGGUGCUAAGCCUCUGUUAACUCCACUGAAAGACAGCUAGCUACAGUGCAUGGCGUCUGAGCAUGUUAGCACUGCUCUCCAGCACCUCUAGCUCCUCUACCUCUCUGUGAGUGAUGCUUUUCCCUCAAGGGGAAAAACGCAAACUCCAAGAGGUACAAAAAGUGAUGGAUUACAUUCCUGCGAGAGAUGGGUGGUUCCAGUGUCAAGGUGAGGUUGGAGCGGAAAGGAGAGAAGAGCCCUGAGGACAAUGACAACAGCAUGAUAAACAGACACAUUCAUCAGAUAGAACGUUACUCUCUAGCACUGAGUUGUUGCUCAACUCUAAUGAUCACUAACAUGCUUUUUAAAAAGCUUGGAGAAUAUGUUGAUUUGCGCAGUAUCAAUAAAUAAUUUUAAGCCCAUGUAAAUGAGGCAUUUCAUCUUUAGUAAUGGAGAUUUUUUUUCAUCACACACACACACGUGUGCACACACACACCUACCCACCUACACUUGGUCCUCACAAUUAUAGUAAUACAAACACACACACAUGCCUAGCCCCGCCCUUUUUUAUUUGACCAGUGUAUCUAGACUCAGGUGAUCAGCCAAUCUGUCGUCUCCUACAGGUGUCAAAUGACUCCAGCUCCUCGAUGAACUCCAGCACCCCAUUGGUCCGCAUCACCACACGACGCAGCUCGGCCGGCCACGACGACCCCAUCCCAGAGUACGACCUCCCCGAGGACCCACGCUGGGAGUUUUCCAGAGACAGGUGAUGGACAGGGACGGGAACGGGGGUAGGAAUAGGGAGGGGGGAGGUAAAGGGUGUAGCGGGGAGAGGACUGUACAAGGGUGACAUUGACCUCAACAGUAUGGCCACAUUUCAGGCCGCCUACAUAGUAGUCACUCACCAAACCUCAGAAUGCCUGGAUAAAUGUUUACCAUAUCAGUAACCACAUCAAUGCCUGACUCAAUGCCAGACUGCAAUAGUGGCGUGUACUCAUGGAUGCCAAGGGAAUGCUUCCCCCCCAAAAAAUACACACAAAAAAUACAAAUAAAUUAUAAUAUAUAUUUUCGUCUCUGUGUUUCAUAAUUUUCUUUCAAUUCGCAAGCUGCUGAAUGUAUCUCACUGGAGAAAGCAUCCAAGCGAGCGAAACAGCACCCCUCUGUCUCUGUAUGUGUAGGCCAUCUAUCUGAUGCUGUCUGGUCAAAUGUAUGACAUUGUUGCCGCCCGUAGCAUUGAAUGCAAAGGAAGCCAGCGAGCAUUUGGCCACCCUUGAUUAAAAAAAUUAAAAUAAUAAUAGCCAGUCAGCGUUGAGUUUGCAAAGCUGUCAUCAAGGCAAAGGGUGGCUACUUUGAAAAUCUAAAAUAUAUAUUGAUUUGUUUAACACUUUUUUGGUUACUACAUCAUUACAUAUGUGUUAUUUCAUAGUUCUGAUGUCUUCACUAUUAUUCUACAAUGUAGAAAAUAGUAAAAAUUCAAAAUAAACCUUGAAUGAGUAGGUGUGUCCAAACUUUUGACUGGUAGUUGAGGUAAUGUGCACCGCUACUGGACUGCAAUAUAGAAAAUGUGGCUUUCAAUCACUGGUUAAUUUUUGUUUUACGCAACUGCUUCACAGACCCCCUGGAAUGUGGCCUAUGGCUUUCUCCUCAGGUAUUUAUUUGAGAAUCUGUGAGGAAAUGGGUGAGGCCCAAGACUAGCUGCAUACUGUUAUAAGCUGCAGUCAGUGAGGUUUUUGCUCAGUUGGAAUGUAUUUCCACCUAACAUCCACCCUCAGCGGGGUCUGAAAAAUCCGGAAGCAUCCAGUUUUCAGGGGAAAAGCAGAGAAGAGGCAAAGCCUGAAAACCGUAUGCUUCCGGUUUCCUCUGACCCCGCUCAGGCGUUUAUUUUACGCCUGCUAUGUUAUGUUACCUAACUUCAAACCCCAGAAAUGAAUCCAGUGCAGUGACCCAGAUAUCAGAGAUUGUGGCAGUGAUUUCACACUAGCACUUUCAAGUAAAAGUGUGAAUGUUGCUAUUCACUUUAUUGUCUACUAACUAGAUGCAUUAUAGUAAUAAUAAUAAUAAUAUGCCAUUUAGCAGACGCUUUUAUCCAAAGCGACUUACAGUCAUGCGUGCAUACAUUUUUGUGUAUGUAGCAUGUUACCCCCUCAUCAUGAAUGACAACGUUGGCUAACUGAUUGUAUAUGCAGGCUAUUACAUGAGGUACUAGUGUUAUCCGGUAUAAUAUACCAUUAAGCACCAUUGAACAUGGUCUGUGAUCUGUAAUGAUUAACCAGUGAGUAAUGGCUGUGACACUGUACCAGAGUAGUGUUCAUUAGGCACCAAACGGAAGAAAAGGGACUGAAACAGGGAGGGACAGCCUGGACCAAUAAGAAAUGCUCAAUUUUGUUUUCAAUUGCAAAAUGUUUAAAAACAUUGUGCUCUACUGAACAUGACCCAGGGAGGCCAUUGGCACCCAGCCCUUUCCUUAUCACUUACACAGACCAAUGAGUCAUUUCUCAGUACUACACUGUACCAGGGUCCUGUUCAUUAGGCACCAACCAGAAGGAAACAGACUGAAACAGGGAGGGACUACCUGGAAGUGUCCAAUGAGAAAAGCGUUUUUUUUUUAACCUAAUGAACAGGACCCAGUGUGUGUGUGUGUGUCUUUGUGUGUGUGUGUGUGUGUGUGUGUGUGUGUCAUGGCUGUAAUCUGUGUGUUUGUGCUGUGACUGUUUGCUUUGCCUUCAUACCAGAGGAGUUAGUCCCUACUCUGAGUUGAACUAGUGGCCUCAGUCAGCUUCAGUGGAAAGUGUCAGGCUUAAGGACAGAACAGACUUAUACAUACAACCCAGGCAGUAAAACACACACUCCGGCUCUUGGGUAAUUAACAUAUUUUUGCCUGUGGUGUUUCGCCAUGCCAUGUUUUUGUGAAGAUUUAACAGUAGGGGAUCAAAAGCAUUCUACAUGUUCUCCUUGGCAUGCUCAAUUGAAGCCCUCUGUGUCUCUCUCUCUCUCUCUCUCUCUUUCGUUCAUCUCUGUCCCCCUGUCUCCUCUCCUCCGCUCCUCAUCUGUCAUUCCCAAGUGCCUCAGGGGCCGUGGUGGAGAUGCGGAACAUUCAGGAAUGCUAACAUUUGUGCUGGCGUGGAAGGAAAAAUAGCAUUGAUUAUGUGUGGUAGGCCGGGGCAGAAAGGGUGCCAUUGAGCUAGGGGUUGUGGGGUGGUGGGGGAGCUUGUGUGUGGACAGGCUAGGGAUUGUGUUACACUGACGGCGUGCUGGCCUUAGGCCCCGGAGCCAGUGUGAAUGUUUACACAGCCUCAAGACUGGGCCACAGGGGUAGGGCCACCGCCUGUCAAUCAAACUAGGACCAGAGGGUCAAUCUAUUACCAAAGGAUCAGUUGGUCAGAGAGGUGUUGUGACCAUGAGUGAUAGUGGUGUGGGGUGUGUGGGACUGGGUCUAAGUGUGUGUGCGUGUGCACAUGCCCAUGUGAGUGUAUAAAGGAGUGCUAUUAUAAAUUCUGUGCGUAGCUAUACAGCUGUUUGAACUAUUCUUCUAACCUCUCCCUCUCCUCCUCUACAGGUUGACUCUGGGCAAGCCACUAGGCGAGGGCUGCUUUGGCCAGGUGGUGAUGGCCGAAGCAUUGGGCAUUGAUAAGGACAAGCCCAAGGAGGCCGUCACAGUGGCUGUGAAGAUGCUGAAAGGUAACAUGCAUUCAGAAAGUAUUCAGACCCCUUGACAUUUUGUUACGUUACGUUAGCCUUAUUCUAAAAUGGAUUAAAAAGUUUUUUUGUCCCGUCUUCAAUCUACACACAAUACCCCAUAAUGACAAAGCAAAAACAGGUUCUAAGAAAUUUUUGCACAUUUAUUAAAAAUAAAAACCUGAAAUAUAACAUUUACAUAAGUAUUCAGACCCUUUACGCAGUACUUUGUUGAAGCACCUUUGGCAGCGAUUACAGCCUCGAGUCUUCUUGGGUAUGACACUACAAGCUUGGCAAAUACACACCUGUAUUUGGGGAGUUUCUCCCAUUCUUCUCUGCAGAUCCUUUCAAGCUCUGUCAGAUUGGAUGGGGAGCGUCGCUGCACAGCUAUUUUCAGGUCUCUCCAGAGAUGUUUGAUCGGGUUCAAGUCCGGGCUCUGGCUGGGCCACUCAGGGACAUUCAGAGACUUGUCCCGAAGCCACUCCUGCGUUGUCUUGGCUGUGUGCUUAGGGUUGUUGUCCUGUUGGAAGGUGAACCGUCACCCCAGUCUGAGGUCCUGAGGUUGUCAUCAAGGAUCUCACUCUACUUUGCUCUGUUCAUCUUUCCCUCGAUCCUGACUAGUCUCCCAGUCCCUGCCGCUGAAAAACAUCCCCACAGCAUGAUGCUGCCACCACCAUGCUUCACCGUAGUGAUAGUAUUGGCCAGGUGAUGAGCGUGACGCUUGGCUAUCAGGCCAAAGAGUUCAAUCUUGGUUUCAUCAGACCAGAGAAUCUUGUUUCUCAUGGUCUGAGAGUCCUUUAGGUGCCUUUUGGCAAACCCCAAGUGGGCUGUCAUGUGCCUUUUACUGAGGAGUGGCUUCCGUCUGGCCACUCUACCAUAAAGGCCUGAUUGGUGGAGUGCUGCAGAGAUAGUUGUCCUUCUGGAAGGUUCUCCCAUCUCCACAGAGGAACUCUGGAGCUCUGUCAGAGUGACCAUCGGGUUCUUGGUCACCUCCCUGACCAAGGCCCUUUUCCCCCGAUUGCUCAGUUUGGCCAGGUGGCCAGCUUGGUGGUUCCAAACUUCUUCCAUUUAAGAAUGAUGGAGGCCACUGUGUUCUUGGGGACCUUCAAUGCUGCAGAAAUAUUUUGGUACCCUUCCCCAGAUCUGUGCCUCGACACAAUCCUGUCUCGGAGCUCUACAGACAAUUCCUUCGGCCUCAUGGCUUGGUUUUUGCUCUGACAUGCACUGCCAACUGUGGGACCUUAUAUAGACAGGUGUGUGCCUUUCCAAAUCAUGUCCAAUCAAUUGAAUUCACCACAGGUGGACUCCAAUGAAGUUGUAGAAACAUCUGAAGGAUGAUCAAUGGAAACAGGAUGCACCUGAGCUCAAUUUUGAGUCUCAUAGCAAAGGGUCUGAAUACUUAUGUAAACACGUUUGUUUUUCUUCAACAAAUGUAUAAAAACCUAUUUUUGCUUUGUCAGUAUGGGGUAUUGUGUGUAGAUUGAUGAUCCGUUUUAGAAUAAGGCUGUAACGUAACAAAAUGUGGAAAAAGUGAAGGGGUCUCAGUUUGUACCUGUGCAUGUUUUUGUGUGUUUACCCCUGUGUGUCCCUAUCUCCCUCAGUAAAGGCUACGGGAUCUCAGUAUUGACACAGUGUAACCCUAGCCGUGUGACACACUGCCCUGCUAGCUGUAAGCCACCGGCUCUAGUUUGGGGUAUAUGUGGCUGGGCGUGUGUGUUUGUGUUCGAGGGUGUGUUUACUUAUGUAUAAUUUCUUAUUUACACUACAUACAGUGCAUACCUGGCUAUAUGUGUCACUGUGUGUGCAAGUACUCUACCAGGGUUGGUGAAUAACGGAUUACAUGAAAUCCAUUACAAGUAACUGAUUACAAAAAUCUGACAGACUUUGGUUUUUAAUGCCUCCUAAGGGGAAAGUAAUGUAAAAGUAACUCAAAGUAAUCAGAUUAUGUUACUGAGUUUGGGUAAUCCAAAAGUUACAAUACUGAUUACAAUUUUGGAUAGGUAACUAGUAACUGUAAUGAAUUACAUUUAGAAAGUAACCUACCCAACCCUGUACACUACAUACACUACAUGACCAAAAGUAUGUGGACACCUGCUCGUCGAACAUCUCAUUCCAAAAUCAUGGGCAUUAAUAUGGAGUUGGUCCCCCCUUUGCUGCUAUAACAGCCUCCACUCUUCUGGGAAGGCUUUCCACUAGAUGUUGGAACAUUGCUGCGGGGACUUGCUUCCAUUCAGCCGAAAGAGCAUUAGUGAGGUCGGGCACUGAUGUUGGGCGUUCAGGCCUGGCUCGCAGUCGGCGUUCCAAUUCAUCCCAAAGGUGUUAGAUGGGGUUGAGGUCAGGGCUCUGUGCAGGCCAGUCAAGUUCUUCCACAUCGAUCUCGACAAACCAUUUCUAUAUGGACCUCGCUUUGUGCACAGGGGCAUUCUCAUUCUAAAACAGGAAAGGGCCUUCCCCAAACUGUUGCCACAAAGUUGGAAGCACAGAAUCGUCUAGAAUGUCAUUGUAUGCUGUAGCGUUAAGAUUUCCCUUCACUGGAACUAAGGGGCCUAGCCCAAACCAUGAAAAACAGCCCCAGACCAUUAUUCCUCCUCCACCAAACUUUACAGUUGGCACUAUGUAUUCGGGCAGGUAGCGUUCCCCUGGCAUCCGCCAAACCCAUAUUCGUCCGUUGGACUGCCAGAUGGUGAAGUGUGAUUCAUCACUCCAGAGAACACGUUUCCACUGCUCCAGAGUCCAAUGAUGGCGAGCUUUACACCACUCCAGCCGACCCUUGGCAUUGCACAUGGUGAUUUUAGGCUUGGCUGCUCGGCCAUGGAAAGUCAUUUCAUGAAGCUCCCGACGAACAGUUAUUGUGCUGACGUUGCUUCCAGAGACAGUUUGGAACUCGGUAGGGGGGGGCUAGGUCAGGUAGAACAUUUGAUGGGUGGGGCUGGACACACAGAUGCACACGCGCACACACACACACACAUCGGGACUUCGACCAUGGCUGAGCAAGGGAAGGUAAUGGCAAAAUGUAGAUUCCCGCCUAAAUACACAUACCCAAAAGUAACUGCUAUUCAUGUGUAAUUACAUGAUUCUGACAUGCAAAAACUUGGUAUAUUUGGAGAUUAUAAGGAAAUGAUCAGAAGAUAGAUAGGAGUUACAUAGUUCAGAAUACACAAGAUCAAGCACACACAAAAUAAUAAUAAGUGAAUUAUUGAUGACUAGAGCUGGAAACACAUCAGAUGUGAACAAUAUCAGAAAAAAAAUGGGAUUGAUAGACCUAACAACUAGAAAUGGGCAAAUGUUUUAGUAAGUGGUGUCAGGUGUGGUCACGGGACAUUUCCAAGUGUCCCUAAACCUCUCCAAAGUCCCCUCCUGUACUCUCUGUUCACCCAUGACUGCAUGGCCAGGCACGACUCCAACACCAUCAUUAAGUUUGCCGACGACACAACAGUGGUAGGCCUGAUCACCGACAACGAUGAGACAGCCUAUAGGGAGGAGGUCAGAGAUCUGGCCGUGUGGUGCCAGGACAACAACCUCUCCCGCAGCCAUCUUGAAAUGAGGUCAUCGGCUCGGCCUGCCCUUAUAAAUGUGUAUGCCCAUAUAUGGUAGUAAGUCACACCAAUGAUUGUAAGGCACCGAUCAAUAGCCAAGAUACUCAGCUUUCCGCAUAUACCCUGCCUUUGCAAAUAGGGGCUAACGUUCUCAUACAAGACUGAAUUGAAUAGACAAAAUCUAAUAGGGUCCCCAAAUAUGGGGACUUUACAUUUAAGAGGUUUAACUGAGCGAGACAGGACCGACCAAGAGGGAGGGCUAGCUAACAGGUAAUGAUGCUGACAUAUGAAUGCAGCCUAUAGCAUUGCGCAUGUGAGCGCAUGUGUCUGUUAAUCAUGAAUACGUAUUUUCUGUCCUCUAUAUUGACGCAUUGUUCCUCCCUCCUCCUGCCCCUCUCCAGACGAUGCUACAGAGAAGGACCUGUCUGAUCUGGUGUCAGAGAUGGAGAUGAUGAAGAUGAUCGGGAAACACAAGAACAUCAUCAACCUGCUAGGGGCCUGUACACAAGAAGGUGAGUACAAGGGGCUCUACCAUAACUUACUCUGUACCUCAUAAUUUUCAUGGUCCAAAUGGCCAAGCUCUCUCCCAUACAUCUACUAUGAAAAUGGGGUUGAACAUCAGAACUGAAUCUACAUGAGUAUUUUAUCCACACACACGACUAAAACCUCUCCCACCAUAUAUUUGUCAUUAGUCUAUGUUUGACACUGUCCUUCACAAAUUGUCAGUAUUGAAGUUUUGAAGAUAAAAUCCUGAUGGCCAAAAUCCCUGAUUGACUCGGUUCCUUCAAUACUGAAGAUUCUUCUCUCUCCCCCAAUUUGGAAAGCAGUGAUCAGUCAGUGUGGUUGAGUCCUGUAUUCUCUCUCUCUCUCUCUCUCUCUCUCUCUCUCUCUCUCUCUCUCUCUCUCUCUCUCUCUCUCUCUCUCUCUCUCUCUCUCUCUCUCUGUGUGUGACAGGCCCUCUGUAUGUGAUAGUGGAGUAUGCCUCUAAAGGGAACCUGAGGGAGUACCUACGUGGCCGCAGGCCCCCUGGCAUGGAGUACUCCUACGAUAUUACCCGCUGCUCAGAUGAACAGCUCACCUUCAAGGACUUGGUAUCCUGUACCUACCAGGUGGCACGGGGCAUGGAAUAUCUGGCCUCACAGAAGGUACACACACACACACCAUGUUCAUUCUCACUAUAGAUUUAGGUAGGCACACUUCCUUGUCAUUGCACUGGGUCCUUGUGACUAGGGCUUUAGCCAGGGUGGUUGUGUAAAAAGUGUGUGUUUAUCAUUGUGGGAAUAUUGUCUCCUAAAAACACAUCUCUAGCCCACUGUCCAGAUCCCAGCAUUGUCUCUCUCUAUCACACAAAGCCUCUCUGUGUGGACAACUGAAGAAUAGCGUUUUCCCAACGCAUUCACAACUGGCAAUGGGCACGUUAGCCAAACACUCCAUCAUGCUCCUGCUCACUAGAGGAAUGUGACAGAGGCUAGAGCAUACAAUCACACAGUACGCUAACACAUACACACACACACACACACACACGUGCGCAUACACACACACUGGCAUGCAGACAUGCACCUAGACACACAUGCACAGGUACACAUGCACACCUAGGCACACAAAAAACUUCUACCAUGUAUCUGUUAUGAAUCUUCAGAUUCAGGCACGUUAGUCAUGCCUGUGCUAUUUCGUCAUGUUAUAUUAGGUAGCGGUGUUACUUUAACCUUUUCACAUGUCAGUUCCAAAUAUCUCUAACGGUCGCCCCAGCGUGAGUUUUUUUUAUGCACAUGAUGUCAGAAUGCACUCACUGUUCCAAAAUGUGAUUGUUACGCAACAGGACAGUUAACCCGCGCUGCCCUCAAACCAAGCUGCCUGCUAAUUAUCUAUAGGCUAUGUUUCAACUUGUCAAUUUCAAGUUAUUUUCAACUGAGGUGUGUUCCGCCUCCUCAUUAAUUCACAUAGAAGUAGCCCAUUUCACUGUUGCGGACCAAUUUAUGUUUGGGGCUUUACUGAGCCGGACAAACUUCUCUCUUCGAGGGGAGAGCCCAAGCAGUCUUGCACGAAAUUGAUCCCCCAGGCACAUUUUCUGGCUGGCGCUCGCAUUGCCUUCAUUGUUGUUUUCCUUACAAAUAAUAACUUUGGACAUGUGUAUGUUCCUAUCAAAGUAAGUGGUUUAUUUUCUGUAUAUCGUGUUGUCAUUUCUACUUUAGCAUACAGUAUGUAUGUAUGGAGCAUAUUGUAUUUACAGUUUUAUUCAUAUGUUUUCAAGUACUGGUGACAAAUCAUGCAUUCCCAUUAUUGCAUAGAUUGUAAUGGACACCUAUGAUGUGUGUAAAAUACCUUUUUGAAGGUUGUACUGAUUAUGAUGAGCUAAUGCUAAGCUCUUUGCCAGCUAUGUUUGGCGCCAUGUUUGUUGACAUUAUACAAUGUAUUCUGGCUGUCACGUGAAACGUCUUUCAGACCAAAUAUGUUAUAACAAAAUGAGGUGAAGGAAUGGUUCACUCAUCUUACGAUUAAACUUCCGGAAGUGAAUGAAGGGAAGUGAAUGAUCAUACACAACACACCCCUUCAACAUGCAUACUGCAAACAGACCAAAGUAAUCUUUUCUCCUCUUCUUAUCUUUGGUUGACGCAAAAAACAAACAUGGUGGCACGCAAAAACGACCCAUCGUCAGAUUACUUUCCAUUUUUAGAAAGUGUUUUACUCAAUUAUUUCAAUCAAUGGUGAGCUCACCAUGAUGUGAUGAAUUGUAAAUAGUCAUUUCUAUUAGCAUAUUGUGGUUUCUGUCAGCCGAGAGUUAGCUAAAUAUGACCGCUUGUGUUACGUCAACCUUUCCUCAGUUAGCGCUAGGACUAAUGUAGCCUACAUUUUCCGGUUUGGAUGAUUGUGUUAUGCUGUCGUUACUUAUGUGAAUGUCUAAACAUUGCAUCCAAAAAUAAACUGGUCAAAUUCAGGACAUAACUUUGUAAGGACUGUGUUUGUGCAAAAUGUUUCUGAGAAAAAACAGUGUGGCCAGCUCAAACGCUGACUGUUGCGUCAAUCGAAACUGGACGUUCUAAAUAAGCGUUCGUAUCACACCGGUUUGAGCGUACGCUGCAGGGACCACUGUAGAAUGAUUCCACCCGUUUGUUGGUACGUGUCAAAGGGUUCAUUAAAUAUGUUUCUGGUUCAUUACACUUACCAUACAUACACAGUAUAAAAUCAUAACAUAAUUUUUAGUAUAGCUUACUUACAUUUUUCUAUUCAUUUCUAUGUAUGUUUUUUUUUCUCGUUCUCAAGUUCAUCAAUAUCGCUAUCCACCCUGACCCCUUUUCUCUACUUCUCUCCAUCCAGUGUAUACAUAGAGAUCUAGCAGCGAGGAACGUCCUGGUCACAGAGAGCAACUUCAUGAAGAUUGCUGACUUUGGCCUGGCCAGGGAUGUCCACAACAUCGAUUACUAUAAAAAGACAACUAACGUGAGUACUUGGGGGGGGGGGCACAUGAGGAGUGUAUGCUGUGUCGUGUGUUAGUUAGUGUGUUCUGGAAUGUUGUGAGGGGGUGUAUGUGACACAGUCAAUUCCAUUUCAAUUUAGUUAAUUCAUGAAGUAAACCGAAAUUCCUUGAGGAAAUUUGGAAUUUGAAAGUUUACUUUCUGUAUCGUGUAAAUUGAGCCUCCCUCCCUCCUUCUCAGUCUUGGCAGAGACAGGAGGUAGAAGUCUGUGCGGGAUUGAUUCCUUCAUCCCGCUCCCGCUGCUUUUCAUACAGUCCUCGCCUGCUCCCACUGACUUCUUGUCCGAUUCCCACCCGCUCCUGAAAGAACUGGUCCCGAACCCGGCCGCCAUACCGCAAUGUUAUUGUAGGUCAGGGGUCGCCAAUUACAUUCAGCCAUGGGCCAAUUUUUCCUUGAGCGGAUGGUUGGGGGGCCGGAACAUAGUUUUAAAUAAUUUGUACACUGCAAAUUGACUGCAAGAAUCCCAAACAGAUAUAGUAUUUGACAAAACAGAAUAAUUUCAAACCUUGAUUACAUUGGAAUAUGAGCACAUAUCACUGCUGAGCGAUUUGUGCUUUUUGAGGUCGGUUCGAUUAUGGUUUCGAUAAUUUUUUUAAACAUUAACUGCACUAUGCAUUAUGUGGGUUGAAUGCUGUAACAACACAGAAUAAAACAAUUAAUAAAGGUCCCAUGAUGGUAGAGACUGCCCAUUACUGGUUAUCACUUAUUAGCCGUAAUUUAUUCACAUUACUUAAAAAAAGAAAAUCAGUUGUUGUGUAUAUUACAUUUGUUUUAUUUGAUGACUUUAUUAUUUCAUUCCAAGUCAUCAUCUCAUCACAAGCUGCUGCCUCUGCUGUCUGACAAAAGUACUAUUUUGUAGUUCUUCAAAGUAAAUAAGGCAUACUUUUAUGACUGCUGAAUACCAACUAUCAAUCACUUAGAUCAUGUAUGUUCAGGUGGAAUUACUUUGCGAAGCAACAGCUGCUCUCUAUAUCAGCUCACAAUCGCGCACUCUUCUCUCUUCCAUAGAAGCGGUCAUAAAAGAGACACAGACCGGACAAGUAGAUGCGCAAUGGAUUAUGGUCAUUGUAGUUAAUUACCACAUGCUAUGCGCUAAACUCUAUAGAAAAUUGGCCUGUUUGAAACUACAACUCCCUACUACAUCGCACAGUUCAGGCUGGAUCUGAUUUAUCUCUACAAAAACGGUGCGAUUUGCGCAUUGAGUUCACACAAAAAAAACGAGUGAAAUGGAAUUUCAAAUAAUUAAUCAGACGGUCAAUUAGUUGUUUAAACCCCCCCCAAAAAAUCUAAUUAAAUGGUUAAUCGCUCAGCAAUAUCACAUACGCCUCUAUUUAUGCAUGGGACUACUUGGGAACAGAUUUCCUACACUGAACAAAAAUAUAAACCCAACAUGUAAAGUGUUGGUCUCAUGUUUCAUGAGCUGAAAUCAAAUAUCCCAGAAAUGUUCCAUACUCACAAAUUUGUUUACAUCCCUGUUAGUGAGCAUUUCUCCUUUGCCAAGAUAAUCCAUCCACCUGACAGGUGUGGCUGAUUAAACAACAUGAUUAUUACACAGGUGCACCUUGUGCUGGGGACAAUAAAAGGCCACUAAAAUGUGUGGUUUUGUCACAACACAAUGCCACAGAUGUCUCAAGUUUUGAGGGAGCGUGCAAUUGGCGUGCUGACUGCAGGAAUGUCCAACAGAGCUGUUGCCAGAGAAUGUAAUGUUAAUUUCUCUACCAUAAGCCACCUCCAACAUAAUUUUAGAGAAUUUGGCAGUAUGUCCAACCGGCCUCACAACCGCAGACCACGUGUAACCACGCCAGCCCAGAACCUCCACAUCCGGCUUCUUCACCUGCGGGAUCGUCUGAGACCAGCCACCCGGACUGAUGAAACUGUGGGUUUGCACAACCAAAGAAUUUCUGCACAAACUGUCAGAAACCAUCUCAGGGAAGCUCAUCUGCGUGCUUGUCGUCCUCACCAGGGUCUUGACCUGACUGCAGUUCGGCGCCGUAAUCAACUUCGGUGGGCAAAUGCUCACCUUCGAUGGCCACUGGCACGCUGGAGAAGUGUGCUCUUCACGGAUGAAUCCCGGUUUCAACUGUACCGGGCAGAUGGCAGACAGUGUGUAUGGUGUCGUGUCGGCGAUUGGUUUGCUGAUGUCAACAUUGUGAACAGAGUGCCCCAUGGUGGUGGUGGGGUUAUGGUAUGGGCAGGCAUAAGCUACGGACAACGAACACAAUUGCAUUUUAUCUAUGGCAAUUUGAAUGCACAGAGAUAUCGUGACGAGAUCCUGAGGCCCAUUGUCAUGCCAUUCAUCCGCCGCCAUCACUUCAUGUUUCAGCAUCAUAAUGCAUGGCGCCAUGACGCAAGUAUCUGUUCACAAUUCCUGGAAGCUGAAAAUGUCCCAGUUCUUCCAUGGCCUGCAUACUCACCAGACAUGUCACCCAUUGAGCAUGUUUGGGAUGUUCUGGAUCGGCUUGUACGAAAACAUUUUCCAGUUUCCAAUAUCCAGCAACUUCACACAGCCAUUGAAGAGAAGUGGGACAACAUUCCACAGGACACAAUCAACAGCCUGAUCAGCUCUAUGCGAAGGAGAUGUGUUGUGCUACAUGAGGCAAAUGGUGGUUCUGAUCCACGCCCCUACUUAAAAAAAAAAGGUAUCUGUGACCAACAGAUGCAUAUCUGUAUUCCCAGUCAUGUGAAAUCCAUAGAUUAGGGCCUAAUGAAUUUAUUUCAAUUGACUGAUUUCCUUAUAUGAACUGUAAAUCUUUGAAAUUGUUGCAUGUUGCGUUUAUAUUUUAAUUCAGUGUAAAUUAAAAUCACUUUAAGCUGAUUUCCUGGUGAUUUUAUAGUCUUUAAUGUCCAACAUUGAAAGUUAUAUAAGAUAUAUAUAUAUAUAUAUAUAUAUAUAUACAAAAGUAUGUGGACACCCCUUCAAAUGAGUGGAUUCGGCUAGUUCAGCCACACUCGUUGCUGACAGGUGUAUAAAAUCGAGCACACAGCCAUGCAAUCUCCAUAGACAAACAUUGGCAGUAGAACGGCCUUACUGAAGCGCUUAGUGACUUUCAACGUGGCACCGUCAUAGAAUGCCACCUUUCCAACAAGUCAGUUUGUCAAAUUUCUGCUCUGCUAAAGCGGCCGCGGUUUACUGUAAGUGCUGUUAUUGUGAAGUGGAAAUGUCUAGGAGCAACAACGGCUAAGCCGCGAAGUGGUAGGCUACACAAGCUCACAGAACGGGACCGCUGAGUGCUGAAGCACAUAGCGUGUAAAAAUCGUCUGCAACACUCACUACCGAGUUCCAAACUGCCUCUGGAAGCAACGUCAGCACAUUAACUGUUCGUCGGGAGCUUCAUGAAAUGGGUUUCCAUGGCUGAGCAGCCGCACACAAGCCUAAGAUCACCAUACGCAAUGCCAAGCGUCGGCUGGAUUGGUGUAAAGCUCGCCGACCAUUGGACUCUGGAGCAGUGGAAAUGCGUUUUCUGGAGUGAUGAAUCACGCUUCACCAUCUGGCAGUCCGACGGACGAAUCUGGAAUCUGGGUAGUGCUAACUGUAAAGUUUGGUGGAGGAGGAAUAAUGGUCUGGGGUUGUUUUUCAUGGUUCGGGCUAGGCCCCUUAGUUCCAGUGAAGGGAAAUCUUAACGCUACAGCAUACAAUGACAUUCUAGACGAUUCUGUCGUUCCAACUUUGUGGCAACAGUUUGGGGAAGGCUCUUUCCUGUUUUAGCAGGAAUUUGUCUCCCAGUGUCUGUUGGAAAGCACACUGAACCACGUUUUCCUCUAGGAUUUUGCCUGUGAUUAGUUCUAUUCCAUUUCUUUUUAUCCUAAAAAACUCCCUUGUCCUUGCCGAUGACCCAUACCCAUAACAUGAUGCAGCCACCACCAUGCUUGAAAAUAUGAAGAGUGGUACUCGUGUUGUGUUAGAUUUUUCCCCAAACAUAACACUUUGUAUUCAGGACAUAAAAUGCAUUUAUUUGCCACAGUUUUACUUUAGUCUUAUUGCAAACAGGAUGCAUGUUUUGGAAUAUUUGUAUUCUGUACAGGCUUCCUUCUUUUCACUCUGUCAUUUAGUUUAGUAUUGUGGAGUAACUACAAUGUAAUUGAUCCAUCCUCAGUUUUCUCCUAUCAAAGCCAUUCAACUCUGUAACCGUUUUAAAGUCACCAUUGGCCUCAUGGUGAAAUCCCUGAGUGGUUCUCCUUCCUCUUCGGCAACUGAGUUAGGAAGGACGCCUGUAUCUUUGUAGCGACUGGGUGUAUUGAUACAGCAUCCAAAGUGUAAUUAAUAACUUCACCAGGCUCAAAGGGAUAUUCAGUGUCAUUUUUAUUUAUAUUUUUACUAAUCUACCAAUAGGUGCCCUUCCUUGCGAACCAUUAGAAAACCUCCCUGGUCUUUGUGGUUGAAUCUGUGCUUGAAAUUCACUACUCAACUGAGGGACCUUACAUAUAAUUGUAUGUGUGGGGUACAGAGAUGGGGUAGUCAUUUAAAAAUCAUGUUAAACACUAUCAUUGCACACAGAUUGAGUCUAUGCAACUUAUUAUGUAACUUGUAAAAGACAUGUUUACUCCUGAACUUAUUUAGGCUUGCCAUAACAAAAGGGUUGAAUACUUAUUGACUCAAGAUAUUUCAGCUUUUCAUUUAUUUGUAUUUUCUUAAAUUUCUAAAAAACAUAAUUCCACUUUGAAAUUAUGGGGUAUUGUGUGUAGAUCAGUGACACAACAUCUCAAUUUAAUCAAUUUUAAAUUCAGGCUGUAACACAACAAAAUGUGGAAAAGGUCAAGGGGUGUGAAUACUUUCUGAAGGCACUGUACAUAACGAAUAGCCUUCAAAACAAAAAGACAAAACCGUUUUGAAAUAAUCUUACAUAACUUUGAUAGGAGCGAGACAAUUUGCAGGCAAACACAAAUAAAUGUGUUAUCAAUAUUUAUUUACAGCCAAUGUUGGAGCCUAAACUAUAGCCUAUCAUAUUUAAUAAGUUAAUUUCCAUGGAAAGACCAUUGCGCGUGCUUCUCCGUCCAUGCAUGCAGCCUAUAGGUUAUUUAAGUGAGACCAAGCAUAGGCACAUUUGAUCUCGCACGCCCAACACAAGAGAGAAGAGCUAGGUUACUGAACUUGAAGCAGAAUUAUCCUUUGAGAGUUUGUAAAUAUUGCGACAAAGAGCUGUUUUUAAUACAAUAGAUAACACAUACAAAACAGAAAGACAACCGUUCUAAUUAAUCUGCGGGACCCAAAGUUAUCUGUCUGACCGCCCGCUCCCGCCCGCAGUGUGAAAAAUGCCGACCACACCACAAUGCUCUCUGUCGGGCCCGCAGCUCUCUAACUGGAGGUUCCCAGGCCAUCAGUGAAUGCAGUGCUUCUAUAGAGGCUCUGCACUCGUGUGUGCCUCCUCUCUUGUUCCUUCACUUCCAUAGCCACUUGUCCAAACAGACCAAGAGAGAUGGAGAGAAAAGGAGGGAAAUAGAGGGAGAGCAACAGAGUGCUUGACAUCUCCAUAGCAGACCCCCAGUAGCAUUCAUCCUAUUCCCACUGUAGAGCACAGCACAGCCUGCCCAUCCUCCUUUAGUAUGCAUGGCUGCCUUUUCAUUACACGCUGAGAACCUAGCCUAGUUGAAAACAACAACAACCACAACAACAACCAACCACAACACAUGAGCCAUAGACAAUGGGUGAGGGUGUUUGUGAUGAUGAUGAUGAUGAUGAUGAUGAUGAUGAUGACGAUAAACACCAAUCCAUCAGUCUGUACAAUAUAGUAUGUUCUAGUCUAGGAGAAAUUAGACAUAUUUCAGAAGGCCUAAUAAAAAGGUAGGGGCAGAACAAAUGUUAAUCAUUAUCAUCAUCAUCAUCAUCAUCAUCAUGAUUAUCAUCUGCCCUACCUUUCUAUUACCCAUUCUGAAAUAAUUUAUCCUACACUGCAACUUCAGUAUGCAUGAAUGUAUUCGACCCUGCUUGUCACUUAGCUAUCCAUGCUGCAGUGUUUAAUGGCAUGUAGCAAUAAACUCUGCCUUUAUCUGCUAACUGCUAAAAACGUGUGACAGUACCUCUGGGAAAUAUAAGUCCCAGGUGGUCCCAGGCGGUCCCAGUGGUUUUCCUAUAUACUAUUGUAAUUCCCUAUUGGUAUUCCCAGAUCUAAUGAGAUUAUUGGGAAUACCAGGAACCAGGAAGAGUGCAUGAAUUAAAAGAUGCUGAUUGGCCAAUAAAUAUUGGUCAUGAAAUACCCCAUGUCUGUCUGUGUAUAGAUAUUUAAAUGUCAUCUUUUUGACCUUGUGACCUAUUGACCUCUGACCUGUAUGAGUAUGUGUCCUCCUCAGGGUCGUCUCCCGGUGAAGUGGAUGGCUCCAGAGGCGCUGUUUGACCGUGUGUACACUCACCAGAGUGAUGUGUAAGUACUGAGCCUUGGUUUUACUCUCUCUCUCUCACACACACACAACUCGCUUACUGUUUUAGAAGGAGGAACUCAGCCUAGACUGUGUUCAUUGGGUACCAAAUGUAAGAAAACCGACUAAAACCGGCCGCUUUAAAAAGUUUUCCAUUGUGUGCCCCAAUGAACACAACCCUGGCCUAUACACUGGCUCUUUGAUGCAAAUUGUUUUGCAGUGAGACCGAGGGGGUAAGAGGUUAGGAUGGUGGUGGAGCAACGGGUACAGGAGGUCAGUGAGGUGAUUUGGUGGUGGUGGAGUUAGGGGGGCAGGGGGAUUUGUUUGGGGGGUGGAUGGUGUACCGGCAGGUCUGUCGCCAAAGGGAAAGUUUCACACUAGACUUGCAGCCAAUGCUGUGUUACUAAUCUGCCCGUCUUCAAAGCCUCUGGAAGGGGCAAGAGCCCACCUCCCCCUGCCCUGCACGGAAGUCUCCCCUAGGCCUCCUUCAAUUCAAUUCUCAAUUAAAAUGUAUUUAUAAAACCCUUUUUACAUCAGCAGAUGUCACAAAGUGCUUAUACAGAAACCCAGCCUAAAACCCCAAAGAGCAAGCAAUGCAGAUGUAGAAGCAAGGUGUCUAGGAAAAACUAUCUAGAAAGGCAGGAACCUAGGAAGGAACCUAGAGAGGAACCAGGCUCUGAGGGGUAGCCAGUCUUCUUCUGGCUGUGCCCGGUGAAGAUUAUAAGAGUACAUGGCCAUUAAGGCCAGAUCGUUCUUCAAUAUGUUCAAACUUUCAUAGAUGACCAGCAGGGUGAAUUAAUAAUCACAGUGGUUAUAGAGUCCUUCAUACAUGUCUGAAUGCAAAAAUACCACCUCUUUCUCCUCUCUCACCUUCCCCCCAUUUUGCACACACUCAUCUCUCAGUCUUGAGUCUUCAUUCAGUUCUUAGCUUUGGACAUGUCUCAUCUUUUUCGUGGGACCUUUUCUGUUAACAAAAUAAUGAAAAUGUUCUCAGUUUUUAUUUUCAUUAAUCUCGUAUGUGAAUGGCAGGAGACUCAUCUUGCCUCCUUUCCUCGCCUCUUUCAAGUAGUACUUGCCCAUGUUGUUUUGACAGAUGGACCCAGUAGGUUGUGUAGGUUUAGGAGGCAGGCUGGGGUAGGGGAAAGUGAAAUGUUAUCUGCCAGUCGGCCACAGAGUUGGUCCACUAACCUAGGGAAAGUGCGCCAUGGACAGGCUAUGCUACAGCAGUGUGGGGGGUCUGAUCCACUAGGCUGGAGCUGGGUGGUGUGUGUGUGCGUGCGGCGUUCGUGCGUGUGGAGGGGGUGGGGAUAUCCCAUUUGGAUGAGGUAAUACCCCCCAGAGUGUACAACUUCUUAGGGUUCAGACACACCAAUACCGUUUGCUGGCCAAGAGUACUUAGUACCUCUGAACGUAAUUUGCAAACUGAGUGCGCAUCGAUUUUACAUGUAGAAUCAUGUGAGAAAUGUCGGCAGUCAGACGUCUACAGCGGGUGGUCCCUAAAACACAGCGCACUGAACGAUCGGCAGACGAAUGCUAGAUUCAAAUUCGGUGCGAUGUGUGCGAGCCUUUAGCUCCAGACUCCAGCCCUUUUGGACUGAUUGGUUUAUGGUGAUAUUUUGAUUCAUGGCCCGAUGUAUGUGUAUUGAUCUCCUUCUUAAAAUUCAUAUUCAUAUUGUUGUUUGUCAAUACCAUAAAUACAGUAUAUGGGUGCUGUAUAUGUAAGCGCUUAAGAUAUAAGUGUAAUAUGAGUCAGAGUUUUACUUAUCUAUUUUCUUAAAUUCUUAAAACUGCAUUGUUUGUUAAGGGCUUGUAAGUAAGCAUUUCACUGUAAGGCAUGUGGCACAUAACAUUUGAUUUGAUUUGAUUUGAUUGACAUUCAGCCAACAAUGUUACAGAGGAAAAUGCCCAAUGAGCUAAUAAAGUAAAAAGUCCUAUAUUUGCACCGAUUUGAGUCACAGAGGUACAGUGGCUUGUGAAAGUAUUCACCCCCCUUGGCAUUUUUCCUAUUUUGUUGCCUUACAACCUGGAAUUAAAAUUGAUUUUUGGGGGGGUUUGUAUCAUUUGAUUUACACAACAUGCCUACCAAAAUAUUUUUUGGGGUGAAACAAACAACAAAUAAGACAAAAAAAGAAAGAAAACUUGAGCGUGCAUUACUAUUCACCCCCCCAAAGUCAAUACUUUGUAGAGCCGCCUUUUGCAGCAAUUACAGCUGCAAGUCUCUUGGGGUAUGUAUCUAUAAGCUUGGCACAUCUAGCCACUGGGAUUUUAGCCCGUUCUUCAAGGCAAAACUGCUCCAGCUCCUUCAAGUUGGAUGGGUUCUGCUGGUGUACAGCAAUCUUUAAGUCACAGAUUCUCAAUUGGAUUGAGUUCUGGGCUUUGACUAGGCCAUUCCAAGACAUUUAAAUGUUUCCCCAUAAACCACUCGAGUGUUGCUUUAGCAGUAUGCUUAGGGUCAUUGUCUUGCUGGAAGGUGAACCUCCGUCCCAGUCUCAAAUCUCUGGAAGACUGAAACAGGUUUCCCUCAAGAAUUUCCCUGUAUUUAGCGCCAUCCAUCAUUCCUUCAAUUCUGACCAGUUUCCCAGUCCCUGCGAUGAAAAACAUCCCCACAGCAUGAUAUAAUAAUAAUAUAUAAUAUGCCAUUUAGCAGACGCUUUUAUCCAAAGCGACUUACAGUCAUGCGUGCAUACAUUUUUUUUUUGUGUAUGGGUGGUCCCGGGGAUCGAACCCACUACCUUGGCGUUACAAGCGCCAUGCUCUACCAGCUGAGCUACAGAGAACCACGAUGCUGCCACCACCAUGCUUCACUGUGGGGAUGGUGUUUUCGGGGUGAUGAGAGAUGUUGGGUUUGCGCCAGACAUAGCGUUUUCCUUGAUGGCCAAAAAGCUCAAUUUUAGUCUCAUCUGACCAGAGUACCUUCUUCCAUAUGUUUGUGGAGUCUCCCACAUGCCUUUUGGCGAACACCAAACGUGUUUGCUUAUUUUUUUCUUUAACCAAUGACUUUUUUCUGGCCACUCUUCCGUAAAGCCCAGCUCUGUGGAGUGUACAGCUUAAAGUGGUCCUAUGGACAGAUACUCCAAUCUCCGCUGUGGAGCUUUGCAGCUCCUUCAGGGUUAUCUUUGGUCUCCUUGUUGCCUCUCUGAUUAAUGCCCUCCUUGCCUGGUCCGUGAGUUUUGGUGGGUGGCCCUCUCUUGGCAGGUUCGUUGUGGUGCCAUAUUCUUUCAAUUUUUUUAUAAUGGAUUUAAUGGUGUUCCGUGGGAUGUUCAAAGUUUCAGAUAUUUUUUUAUAACCCAACCCUGAUCUGUACUUCUCCACAACUUUGUCCCUGGCCUGUUUGGAGAGCCCCUUGGUCUUCAUGGUCCCACUUGCUUGGUGGUGCCCAUUGCUUAGUGGUGUUGCAGACUCUGGGGCCUUUCAGAACAAGUGUAUAUAUACAGAGAUCAUGUGACAGAUCAUGUGACACUUAGAUUGCACACAGGUGGACUUUAUUUAACUAAUUAUGUGACUUCUGAAGGUAAUUGGUUGCACCAAAUCUUAUUUAGGGGCUUCAUAGCAAAGGGGGUGAAUACAUAUGUACGCACCACUUUUCCGUUAUUUAUUUUUUAGAAUUUUUUUAACAAGUUAUUUUUUUCAUUUCACUUCACCAAUUUGGACUAUUUUGUGUAUGUCCAUUACAUGAAAUCCAAAUAAAAAUCCAUUUAAAUUACAGGUUGUAAAGCAACAAAAUAGGAAAAACGCCAAGGGGGAUGAAUACUUUUGCAAGGCACUGUAUGCUAUUCUACAUAAUCUGUAUACUACACCUGACCCCAGUCUCCGAGGGUCUCAGAUGCAAAAUGCAAAAAUCACAUUUCCAAUUCAAAUAAAAUGUUAUUGGUCGCAUACACAUAUUUUGCAGAUGUUAUCACAGGUGCAGCGAAAUGCUUAUGUUUCUAGCUGCAACAUUGCGGUAAUACAUAACAAUAGAAAACUAUACACACAUGCAUAUUAAUAUACACUUGUCAGGGCUUGACAUUCAGGUAAAUUUGCCAAUGGCACACUGAGCCAUUGCCAACUGAAAGCAACUGUCCCGAAUGAAAACAAAUACUGGCCCGGGUCAAGAUCUGGCUGGAAAGCAGAUGAUGUGCGCGUAAUUUCAAUAGCAGGUGAUUUUAUCUUUCAUUUGGGCUGAGCAAGUAGCCUACAGCAUUCAUACAGACAUUGACAAGUUAAAUUCAAGGGCUUUCAAGGACUUUUUCCAAGUACUUAAUUGUAAUUUUCAAGGACUUACAUUUUAUAUUGAAUUGUUGUAAUAGCCUAUAGAAAUAAAUCUCCCCCCAAAAUGUAUGCAAAAAAGUAUGCAUUACCACUUGUUUUUAUUAAGACUUCCCAAUGGCAUUAUACGUUGACAUAAAAAAUAUAUAUAUAUACAUUCUAAAACAUGUCAGAAUAGAGUGGGCAUUGCCUGACUAAAUAGACUGCAUGCAACAGUAGAUUCUCCCAACACAAACAAAGUAAUGAAUUCUGUGGUAGCUAGUCAGUCUCUCCAUUUGAAAUGUUGAAGAGUUAUUACGUGGUUAUUGUAUCAUGUUUUAAAAAUGAGAAAGUGAGCAAAAACUGGGUUCCCUUUGUAGUGCUGAUCCUCAACACGGGGGCCCCUCAGGGGUGCGUGCUCAGUCCCCUCCUGUACUCCCUGUUCACCCAUGACUGCAUGGCCAGGCACAACUCCAACACGUCAUUAAGUUUGCAGACGACACAACAGUGGUAGACCUGAUCACCGACGACGAUGAGACAGCCUAUAGGGAGGAGGUCAGAGACCUGGCCGUGUGGUGCCAGGAUAACAACCUCUCCCUCAACGUGAUCAAGACAAAGGAGAUGAUUGUGGACUACAGGAAAUAAAGAGGACUGAGCACGCCCCCAUUCUCAUCGACGGGGCUGUAGUGGAACAGGUUGAGAGCUUCAAGUUCCUUGGGGUCCACAUCACCAACAAACUAUCAUGGUCCAAACACACCAAGACAGUUGUGAAGAGGGCAUGACAAAGCCUAUUCCCCCUCAGGAGACUGAAAAGAUUUGGCAUGGGUCCUCAGAUCUUCAAAAAGUUAUACAGCUGCACCAUCGAGAGCAUCCUGACUGGUUGCAUCCCGCUUGGUAUGGCAACUGCUCGGCCUCCGACCGCAAGGCACUACAGAGGGUAGUGCGUACGGCCCAGUACAUCACUGGGGCCAAGCUUCCUGCCAUCCAGGACCUCUAUACCAGGCGGUGUCAGAAGAAGGCCCUCAAAAUUGUCAAAGACUCCAGCCACCCUAGUCAUAGACUGUUCUCUCUGCUACCGCACGGCAAGCGGUACCAGAGAGCCAAGUCUACGUCCAAAAGGCUUCUUAACAGCUUCUACCCCCAAGCCAUAAGACUCCUGAAAAGCUAAUCAUGGCUACCCGGACUAUUUGCAUUGCCCCCCCACCCCAUCCCAACCCCCUCUUUUAUGCUGCUGCUACUCUGUUUAUUAUUUAUGCAUAGUCACUUUAACUCUACCCACAUGUACAUAUUACCUCAAUUACCUCGACUAACCGGUGCCCCCGCACAUUGACUCUGUACCGGUACCCCCUGUAUAUAGCCUCCCUACAGUUAUUUUAAUUUACUGCUGCUCUUUAAUUAUUAGCUUUUUUUUUUUUUUUUUACUUAACACUUUUUUCCCCUCUUUUCUUAAAAACUGCAUUGUUGGUUAAGGGCUUGUAAGUAAGCAUUUCACUGUAAGGUCUACACCUGUUGUAUUCGGCGCAUGUGGCAAAUAAAAUUCGAUUUGAUUUGAUUUAAUGGAAUGCUUUGUAUGGAAAACAAGUUGAAGCCAACAUUCAAUGUUGUCUUGCUCAUAAUAACCGAAGAUGGUUUUACCGCAACGAGAGCAACAGACUAGCGCAGCAUCUGUUAAUUGAAAUGGCGGGAAACAAAUGAAAGUGGUUACAAAAAAACUAAUUGGAGCAGUAGAACUUCUAAUUCGGCUUCCAUAACUUCAAGGACUUUUAAAGGACUAAAUAGCCUAAAGUAAAUGUCUGAUUAUCAAGGUAGACUGUAUAGCGCAUAGCAAAUAUUCAACCAAGACUGAACUUUUUAUACCUGGUUUGCAUACCCAUUCUUGCCUUAGCAUUUAUUGGUAUAUAUCAUAACUUGGAACAUCUUUCCUACCGCUUUCCUACCCCUACCGCUGUCGGUCUUCAGUGAGCUGCUCCACGCAACAAUCUCAAGCUAGGCUAUGUGUGCGGGGGCGUGUGAUAAAUAAUCGACAUAACGAACUAACAGCUUCAGAAAUUCAUCUGUUUCUUUAUCAAUUAUAUAGCCUAGAUUAAAAAUAGCAUUAUUACAAUAUUAUUUUCACUGGCCCAAGCGGGCCACUGACGGGGAUGACCAACUGGCCCUGAGAGUUUCCCAAACCUCCCUGGGCCAGCUGGCAACCCUGAAUGUCAAGCCCUGCUUGUACAUGUGUGAACUAGGACAAAUAUAAGCACCCACCUUAGUGUGUUUUGGUUUGUUUUUUGCUUUUCACUACGAUGCAGCCUUUGUAUAAACACUAGCUAUGGCCAGGUUGGAUGCCAGGUCACUGGCUGCAGUGACCCUUGGAGAGUGUGUAUGCGUGUGUGUGCGUGCAGUCAUGCACACAUGUGUAUGCUUGCACUUGGAUCUGUUAGUGUGUAUAUAUCUACAUGGGCCAGUGGAAUGACAAUAGGUGAGCGAUGGACACAAAGUGCCAUUGAAUGGAGCAAAGGGGUGUGUUAACAAACGGAGAGAUAGAAAAGAGAACCAACGCAGGGCCAGUUAUGUAAACAAAUGGAUGGAGAGAUAACCACAGGAGUAAAUAAAAGAUCAGGGUGUCUUUGUGUCUUGUUGUGGCCUCUUUGGGUCACUAAGGUAGGCGUGUAGCUCUGUGUGUGUGUGUGUGUGUGUGUGUGUGCCGCCUUUCCCUGCGUGUGCUAUAAUACACUCUUUGUUGCUCCCAACACACACACUGCCAUGAUGAUUCAUUGAUUAUCCCCUAAAAUGAAAUCGGGGAGGGCACUGUGGAUCUGUCUCCGUCCGUUAGUACGUACGUCACAUGCGAUAUCUCAGACAGCACUGGCCUAAUUUUGACGAAACUUGGAAUGUGAAUGAUGCGUCCUGCCAUUGAUCCGGCAUUUACAAAAUUACACUGAUUGGCAAGAUGGUGGCGUUAUAACAAGCGAUUGAAAAUGCAAACUUUGAAAGGUCGCCCCUCACUCCGUUUGACCUAAAGUCAGGAAAUGCAGUACAUAGGUCCCUCUCCUCACAAGGAACACAUUUGCCUCAGGGACCCAUAAGGUCCACCAUGAUGGAUUUUUUUUGAAAAACGCUUAAAACUCUCCUGACACCAAAUUACCGAUCUGCACGAAACUUGAUAUGUUGCAUCUAUGGACGAAUAUCUCUCAACGCAAUAUUUUACAGACUAGUACCUAAAACAAUAUUGACCAAUAAACAUUUUCGUGGGCGUGGUCUGGCACAUAAAUGCAUAUAAAUCAGUCACAUAUAUUCAUAUUGUAACAACAUUUGGUACACAUGUUGCAAACACUGUCAAGACUCAACAUGCAGGAACAUUCAUGUCGACCACAUGGUGGCGCUAUAACGGGCACAUGUUUUGUUACUAUCAGUAUAGUCUAGUUUGAAUUGGGGGCUGCAUCAUUUGUGGGGGAUGACAUUUUUACUGCCUUGUUUUUUGUUGAGAUAUGCCAGUCAGUGGAGAAGUGUUGGCUGUUCUCAGUGUAUCUUGUGUAGAUACAGCAUGACAUUGAUGAAUAUCAGUAUCAGGGUAUCAUUGAUGCUUUUAAUUAGUGUUGUAAUAAUGACUGGACACUGUACAGUACAGUCACGAUGUACAGUAGAGUUAGCUAGCUAGCUAUUUACACAGUCAUCCAUUAGGCCGACAUAAAUAGUCACUUUACUGUAAACCUUAUCUCUGGGUGGGGGAUCCAUUCUACUGUUUCUUUUGGAGUGUCUGACUGGACAAUGGGGGCCAGUGUGACACUGUGACUGUCCAGUAUCGUUACAAAGGGCAUUUUUGAUGCCAGGUCCAGCAUGGCACUGCCCACCAGCUGUGGGAGCGGGUCAGUAUCGCAGGAUGGUGUGGGCCAGCGGAGGGAGGGCAGAAAGAGGCUGUUGAUAGUAACACCCCGCGACAAUCACACUGUUGUUCCCCACCACCUCUACACUAAAGAUAUAUUUGUUAAACUGAGUAGAACUAAAUGAAUGUUAGGGGCGAACAUUUAUAGAGAAUGUUUAGCGUUUUAAUUAAUGGAAUCAAUGGAAUGAUGUAGCUAUGGGUUCUUUUAACAGUUAUCCUUCAACCCUUUGGUUCUCUGAGCAGUACCAGUUGAAAUCGUGUGAAAAAUAAGAAAAAAGAAAAGUCCAAUACUUCCAUUGCCAUCAAUUGUUAUCACUUGUAUGUAUGUAUCAAUGGACGCAUAACAUGAUAAUAGUAAUGAAAUCAUUAAUGUUGAAUAUGUGUGUUUGUGUUUUUCUUCCCAGCUGGUCAUUUGGGGUGCUGAUGUGGGAGAUCUUCACCCUGGGGGGUUCUCCGUACCCCGGCAUCCCCGUAGAGGAGCUCUUCAAGCUGUUGAAAGAGGGCCAUCGUAUGGACAAGCCUGGCAACUGCACCAAUGAGCUGUAUAAUACCAUCUUUAUCACUUUAUCUACUUUAUCUCAUACACACACACACACAUGUGCAUGCAGGCAGGCAGGCAGGCAGGCAGGCAGACACACACACGCACGAAUGUACGCACUCACACACACACACACACACACACACACACACACAAACCCUACUGGGGUCCCCACCCUCACCCCAUCUCCAUCAGAUCCAUGACCCUACACAGCUGGCCUGGGCCUGUAUCAAUGUUGUCAUUCACAAUGGGCCCUCUCCAGUCACACAGUACACAAUGUCACUGCCUGCAUCGGUACUGUAGGGCCUAAUGUUCUCACACUGUACUGGAAACAGUGAAACCCACAGUGGAGACAGACAGACCUAGGAUAGGAUUGGUAUUGGCGUGCAUUUGUUUUAAACGUUAGAGAGUGCAGAGAAAUAGAAGCAGCAUAGCUGUGUUUGGAUUGGCUGGUUCAUACCUUGACACCUAGGCUCAGAGAAAUUAGUCUUUAUCAUUUCACCCACUUUUGACAGGCAAUUGGACAAUGAUUUUAGAAAUGUGCAUCAGAGUCUGUUGAAUGGGUGGCAGGGCAUGUGUUUUGGAAAGAAAAACAAUAAAGUAAUUUUGCCAACCAUUCAUUCUCCUUCUCUCUGUCUCUGUCUUUCUCUCUCUCUGUCUCAGGUACAUGAUGAUGAAAGACUGUUGGCACGCCAUCUCCUCCCACCGGCCCACCUUCAAGCAGCUGGUGGAGGAUCUAGACCGCAUCCUCACCCUGGCCACGAAUGAGGUGAGGGCACAAACCAGAUUCAUUCCACUUCACCUUUUCAUCCCUAGAAUCUGGAGCCAGAGCAAUUCACUUACCUCCAGGGUUGGGGUCAAUUCCCUUUCAAUUCAGGAAGUAAACUGAAAUUCAAAUUCAAAUUUUUUCUGUUGAAAAGCAUUGAGGAAAACAUGGAAUUGGAAUUUCAGUUUACUUCCUGAAUUGACUGAAUUGAAAAGGAGUUGACCCCAAACCUGCUGACCUUGUAUUCUUGGAAGUGCUUGGUCAAUGAGAAGUAUGACAUAAAAGCAUGUCAGGCUUCUCUCCUAAAAGCUUGGAAAAAGGUGAACACGAUACAGGUUCACGGACACUCCAAUUGCCGGGGUAAGCAAAGUUGAACAACGCUUUUUUUAAAACAAGAAUGUUCAAAAAGCAUUAGAAGGAACCUGCGUUGGCUGACACAUGACCUUACCAAUGACCAGAAAAUGGCUGCUUGAUUCGAACCAGGCCCCAGAGCUGUGGCCAUGGCCCACUGAUGUUAAUCAAUCAUCAAAAGCUACUCUGAGCUAUUCCUCGCCUCAGAAUAAUGGCUUGUGUUUCUUUCCGUUCCCCUCCUGUCGUGUGUGAUAUCCAUGCGCGGGCCUGAAGAGGGGCUGUGGUUGGAAAUCUGUCAGGGCUCGUCUGGCCUCAGACUGGGCCUCCAUAUAUUAUGCCAAAAGCUCCAACUUCAGGGUUUCAGAGUUUGAACUUUUUUAAAUGUAAUAAAGCGCCCUUCUUUUUUUCUUUUCUUUUUUAACCGCUGGCAGAUGUGGCGCUCUUUAGUAAUGUGAGACGCCUUGUGUUCAGCUGAGAAAUGGAAGCCAGCACUCGUUUUUAUAAGAACGCUCAAACCCCAACAACGCUUCUCUUCUUCCUCCCCACUCACUCUCAACUAUUUCUUAACCUCACAACUAUUCCAAUUACUGCCACGAAAGACAAGAGAAAAAGGAGAGAGGAGGGUGCAAGGAUAAAGAUGAAAAGAGCAAAAACAACUGCAAAAUGCUGGUUCAAGUAAAAAAAAGCCCUAAAAUUAAAGAGAUUUUCCAGUACUUUUGUAUACUUUUUAGCCAGUUGCUUUGAAAGUAGCCUCACGAGCCAAAAGUGGUCCCCGAAAAUGGUUACUAUGUCACAUAUGUGCAGAUAUGUGCAACACGUCAUUGCUCUCUCUUGUGUGCAUCUAGCUAGCUGUCACUCAAAUGGCGAGGGGCUGAAGCUCAUUGGCUAGAACUCAGAUUGCAAGGGGGCUGGCCCACAUGGGGGAAAAUGUAGGGAAAAUGGCACAGCACAGCUUCCAGAAAAACCGUUGCUUUCAAACUAGGGAUUUUGUGGCUAAUUGAGGUAAGACAGUAAUUCUGCUUAUAGAUUAUGCAUGUAUGAACUACAGAUUGGCACAUCCAGCCCAAAGCGGGAGGUUUAAAAAAUAAUUAGUGGUCGCCAAAGUUCCGGAGCAUGUCUUUUAUAACAUACAUUUAGUUUUUUAUAUUUUCCUUGGUUUUUGGGUGAGCACUGAAGGUUGCCAGAGUACUGGUGUAUCAUCCUCCUACUGUGCUCAAAUCCACGUUCCAAUUUCAGGUUUGUUUGGAUUGCGCUGGGUAGUGACAUGAAGCAGAGCGGUAUGGGUGGAGCCCAGAGUUGGGUAUCCCUCUGUUUUAGUUUGAACAGUCUCUCUCUCUUUGGUCUCUUUCUCUCGCUCUCUCUCCCUCUCUGGUUUGUCUUUCUCUCUGGGCUCCCCACCCUCUCUCUGCCUCUCUCUCUCCCCCCUUUCUCACUGGUCUCUCUUUUCUCUCUCUCUGGUCUCCCCCCUCCCUUUCUUUCUUGUUCUCUCAUUCACGUUCUCUCGCUUUCUCUGUCUGGGUGCUCUCCCUUGCCCACCCAGACACAUUGAACCAUUUUAUACUGAGACUAACAGCAACCAGGUCAGCAUUGCUCUAUGUGAACUGUGCUGGAAAGUUCCCCUCUCUCCAGCCCACGCACCAUUUAAGAAGUAUUAUUCAUCCACAUAUUUUCAUAUGGAUUUAAAAUCGUUUUCUCUCCUGGCGCCAACAUUUUUCAUAAAUCCUUCCAGCGUGAUAGUUUAUAGUUUACAUAAAUAAAAUAAUGAAGAUGAUACUCUCCACAAGAUCCUCUCUGCAUGUCCGUCACUGUCCUCCUGAAACUGUCUUCAUGCCUGUCUCUAUUUCAGUAUUUUCCAUUUGUCUCUCUCUCCUCUCUCACUCUCCUCUAAACCUGUGAGUGUAAUAGUUCUUCCCUCUCACUCUGUCUGUGUGUAGGAGUAUCUGGACCUGUGUGCCCCAGCGGAGCAGUAUUCUCCCAGCUUCCAGGACACACGCAGCUCCUGUUCCUCCGGUGACGACUCCGUGUUCUCCCAUGACCCCCUACCAGACGAGCCCUGUCUCCCGAAGUACCAGCACAUCAAUGGGGGUGUCAAAACA